AUGACGCCGGUGUGCUGGGAUACGAACAUCACCAUGGAUUUCAUAGGACGAGAAUUGAUCGUGCAUGCUACGCGAGAUAUACAGAUACGUACCCCGGGGCUGUGUGAUUUGCGCCACAACGAACUGUUGAAUGAUUUUGAACUUUAUCACCUGACACGCACGGAACGCCGAAAAACAUUCCAAGACAUCUACGGCUAUCCCUGUGAAUGUCGCAUGUGCACUGAAGAUUACGAAGCGGAAAUCAACCCUCUUAAGUGCGGCACUGUUGGUUGCACGGAACGACUUCCCAGUGAUGACCGGACUCUGUCGGCAUGCCCCCACUGUGGCGCUAUCAACGCUGAUCGCUUAGCGCAGUACCGGAGGUUCAUGGCGGACUACCACAACACCAUUCUGUAUAUCACAGAUAAGCAAGACAAAAAUGACAAAAAAACGGAACUCUUUUUGGAGAUGGAAGACGCUGGAAUUUUACAUUCCGAUGCGCAUAUACGCUUCGUAUGCCAGCCAUACCGCGGAUGCCAGAAAUGGCCCGGGGGAGACGAGGAAAAACUGCAUAUCCUGUUGCAGGAACUCAUCGUAUGCGUGCGGUAA